GACCACCUCUGGCAGCACUCUUUUUUUUCCUCUAUGGGUCCGUAUGGUGCCCGUGCUCUUCGCGUUGCCCAUGGGCGCGCCCGCGCUGGGAACCCGCUGACCGCUGCCGAGGGUGACCCGGCGGCGGCGGCGCGGCCGCGGGUGAGAUGCUGUCGUGGCGGCACGCCAGGGGCAGCCGGAGCCCCACGGAGAGCAUCGAGCUCCCCGCACCAGCGGCGCAGGUCGGCGAAGGAAGGAGAAGGCGAUGCCAGUGGGAGCGACGGUGGUGCUGCUCGUCGCUGCCGGCUGUGUGUCGGCCGUGACGGUGUUCGUCGCCAGCGUGCACGGGUCGCUGCGCACGAUGCAGUCGUCUCUCGACCAGGAGGCCUCUGAGCUGAGGAAGCUGCGGACGUCGCAGCGCGACACGGGCGAGGAGCUUCACAGGCUUCGGCAGGAGGUCCUCAACGCCUCCGCGGCUGGAGCCCGCCAUGACGAGGCCUUGGGCCGCGGCGAGGAGUUGGCACGGCGCUCUUCGGACAGCCUGCGGGACGCCACGGUGAGGUUGGCGGAGUUGCGUGUCACGAUGGAGUCGUUCGGCCCGCCAAUAGACGUGCUCUCCCAGAAGCAGGAGGACUCGAGGAGUGCACAGGAGGUGCUGGAGGCGAACGUGAAAGAGGUGCAGGGCGCUCUCGAUGACGUGCGGAGCACGGUCUCCCGAGAGCGCGCCUGGCACGACCAGAUCGAGGCCUGGCGGAGCCAGGAGCAGAACUUCGAGCUGGAGACGCGCGAGGCCCUGCAGGAGCUCCAGGGGGCGCAGCCUGCCAGGCUGGGCGGCGAGCUUGGCGUCUCUCUGGCGGCUGCCAGUGAGGACCAGAUAACGCCCCGCAGCAGCGCCAAGCGGGUGGCCACUCCUGCGCAGAGCCUGGUGAUCGGGCGCUGGUGACCCCGGCCCAAGAUGACUCCAGCUUCUCCAGUAAGGCCAAGACGGCCUCCAGACGGCGCGAGAAGCUGGGGGCACCGUGGGCCAGGACCACCUCUGGCAGCCCCCGAGGUGACGCCAAGGCCCGACGCGGCCACGCGCCACACCACGGAGGCCGCGAAGGUGGCGCAGCUGGCGGCGCCUGUCAAGGGCCCCGCGAUGCCUGGGCCCACGACGGUGCCCUCUAGAGACGGCCUCGAGGCGCCGGCGGCGCCUGCGCAGAGCCUGGUGACGCCGCAGCGCGACGCGGCCACGCGCCACACCACAGAGGCCGCGAAGGUGGCGCAGCUGGCGGCGCCUGUCAAGGGCCCCGCGAUGCCUGGGCCCACGACGGUGCCCUCUAGAGACGGCUUCGAGGCGCCGGCGGCGCCUGCACAGAGCCUGGUGACGCCGCAGCGCGACGCGGCCACGCGCCACACCACGGAGGCCGCGAAGGUGGCGCAGCUGGCGGCGUCGGGCGUGCCUGGGCCCACGACGGUGCUUUCCAGAGACGGCCCCGAGGCGCCGGAGGCGACCCACGCUGGCCUCCAGAUCUCCUGGUACCGGGAGUGCGGUUGUACUGGCAUGGAGGUCGAGGCGGUCACCCUCCUCGAGGCGCUGGUGCGGUCUCUGGGCUCCCAGCGGGUGCGCACGAACGGCUGCAAGAACACGUGCACGUGGCCAGACUCGACUCGGCAGGUUCUGGAGCAGAUCGAGCUCCGCGGGGAUGAGGGGCACCUAUCGUUCUGGCUCUUCGCGGACCGCCCGCCAGGUCCGGUCGUGUUCGUGGUGCACACGGCGUUCCUGGGCGUCUGUGGCCUCCCGGAGUUUGCUCGCUCGCCGCGCCUGGCGGAGGACGACGCCCUGGUGCAGGCCGUCGGCCGGGGUCGGCCGGGCCUGCUGCGCGUGAGCAGGAGCAUGCUGGAGAACGACCGCCUUGACGCCCCGGACGCGAGGCGCUGCAACACGCACUUCGACGCCGUCUGGGUCCCCUCCAAGUUCAACGUGGAGACGUUCUCCAGAUCUGGCGUCGACGCGAGGCUGCUGCGGGUGCUGCCCGAGGCGGUGGACCCGCGGCGCUUCAACUGCAGCGCCGGAAGCCCGCCCGCGCGAGCGCGCUCGCCGCCGCCCCUCUUCGGCGCGAGGCGGCUCGAUCGCUUCGUGGCCGCGGGCGGCGGGCCCGACACCUUCACGUUCCUCUCCGUCUUCAAGUGGGAGGAGCGCAAGAACUGGAGAACAUUGCUGAAGACGUUCUGGCGAACGUUCCCGCACCGCUCGACGCAGGUCGUCCAGGAGAACGGGCAGGCGGUCGAUGUCAACGUGCGGCUGCUGAUAAAGACGCAGUCGCUGCAGUGGAGCACCGGCCCCGAUGAGGACAUCGCCCGGCUCACCGAGGAGCUCGGCGUGGAUGCGGAGGAGGCCGAGUUCCGGAUGCUCAUGACGAGGAAGCCGCUGCCCGCCUCGCUGCUGCCCGGCCUCUACCGGGCCGCGGACGCCUUCGUCCUGCCCUCGCACGGAGAGGGCUGGGGACUGCCCCUCAUGGAGGCCAUGGCCUCGGGUCUGCCCACGAUCGGCACUGGCUGGGGCGGCAGCACGGAGUUCAUGCACGCCGGCAACUCGGUGCUGCUGGGCUACGAGCUGGUGGACGUGCCGCACGGCGACAGCGACGAGGGCCAGUGGCCCAUGUGGGCGGACCCCGACCCUGCCGCUCUGGCGCAGGUGGACAUGCACCAGCGGCCGCUCGGCAGGCGGGGGAGGCCUCGGGAACCCCGACUUCGAGGCUGGCCCCCACCCGCCCCGAUAUCGCACUCACCCUUCACUCCACAUUUCUGCUUCACAUCAUUCUUGUUUCUUC